AUGAAGCCGCGACGUACGUGCACUGUAUGUGGUAAAUGGACGACUGUCAUUUAUAUGCACAUGGCCUACGCCCAUGGCUGGAAUGAUCAACAGAUAAAUGAAUUAAAAGUGGCCAUUAGAAAUGAGAAGUUAAUAGAUCGGAAGACCACCAUCGUAUUUGAGUGUCAACGAUGCGGAUUAGGACUCGGAGGGCCGUCAUCCAAACCUGUUAAAGAGAAGCAGUUCGAGUAUUCAAUCGAUGGAAGCAAAGAAGCACCAAAAAAUCUGCCAAUUCGGCCACCGAUAAUGCCUCCUUUACCUGAACAGUUAAGUGAGUCAGAAAAAGGCUCGGAACACGUCAGAACUUUGCCAUACGACAGUAUCGUUUCGAGACUAAAGAGGAAUAUAAGGAGUGGUUAUAUCAGCGUUGUGAGGAAACGUGUACCUGCUUUUCGACGAAGACAUCAAUGUGGUCAGGUUAUGCGAUGUAUCGGUGCAAUCGAGCUGGGACAUUCAGGACUUCAGGAACGAAUUCGCAGUGGAUGUACUUCGAAAAAGGCGCAAACACAUUGUUCCGCCUUUCUUAGGACAAGUGAGUAUACCGAUGGAAGCGUGGAUGUCACUUGUUGUUUCGGCCACAUUUUCCACGAGCUUGAUCCCACCGCUUUGAGGCUAAAUGAAAGGCAAUGUGGAGUACUUCGGAAGGCACUCGAAGAAAAGAAAUGUAUUACCGAAAUUUGCGCUCAAAUGAAAGCAGAGUAUCCACCUACGAAUCGCCUUCAUUACACAACUUCGAACGAUAUACGGUAA